GAACACAGACGAAGCGGAGCGGAACAGGAUGCAGGCUAUCAAAUGUGUGGUCGUGGGAGAUGGAGCUGUGGGAAAAACAUGUCUUCUCAUCAGCUACACAACCAAUGCCUUCCCCGGGGAGUACAUUCCUACUGUAUUUGACAACUAUUCAGCUAAUGUGAUGGUGGACAGCAAGCCGGUCAACCUGGGCCUCUGGGAUACAGCUGGACAGGAAGACUACGACAGGCUCCGCCCAUUGUCCUACCCACAGACGGAUGUUUUCCUGAUCUGUUUCUCCCUGGUGAGCCCAGCAUCCUAUGAGAACGUCAGAGCUAAGUGGUACCCUGAGGUUCGCCACCACUGCCCCUCCACACCCAUCAUCCUGGUAGGCACCAAGCUCGAUCUGAGGGAUGAGAAGGACACCAUUGAGAAGCUGAAGGAAAAGAAGCUUGCACCAAUCACCUACCCUCAGGGCCUGGCUCUGGCUAAGGAGAUAGAUGCAGUGAAGUACCUGGAAUGCUCAGCCUUAACCCAGCGUGGUCUGAAGACUGUGUUCGAUGAGGCCAUUCGAGCCGUGCUCUGCCCUCAGCCCACCAAGGUCAAGAAGAAGCCAUGCUCACUGCUGUAAAUGAUUCUUGCUGCAUGAGAAAGAAGAGAGAAAGACUUCAGACUGCUGCCCCCGGGUAAAAAGAAGACAAUAUGAAAGUUCUGUUUUUGUUUCUAAUUUUAGAAAAAACUAGAUUCCCACUAGUUUAAAACAAAUAAUGCAUUUGCAGGUAUAAUAAAAUGAUAGCAAACUUUCUGUACAGCAUACUUUGUGACUGACUUUUAAAAGUGCACCAGGAUGCUGCACCAGGCAUAAUGUCUCUGUAAAAUAUACUGUUUUAUUACAAUGUAUCACUAAAUGUGCAUGCAAUAGACUGCUCCACUUCACAUUUCAUACACUUAUCCUGUUAACAGCAGCAUGAUAGUUUUUAGCCAGUGUACCAAAAGACCUGCACACCACACAACAUCUCACUGCCCUUUAAUGGUCAACAAAAUAUAGUUUCAAAUAAUACUUGAUAAUGAGUGCAAACAUGGUGUUGCAAAGAUUAGUUCAUAAUGUCUUAUGGCUGUUGUUAAGAGUAACGAACAAUGAUAAAAACAUAAGGGUCAGGAUUGUAUUUGUUGUAUCAGCAGGGAGCUGAACAAUGUUGUAUCAGAACAUUAUUAAAAACGUAUUAUUUGUUGUGAUAUUAAAUAAAAAAA